UUCACUAUCAAACGCUCUGCAUGGAAAUAUUAGGCGCAGUGAUACUUCCCGUAGCAAUCGACGCUAUCCGAUCCAUCAUGCGUGUAUGGACAUUAAAACCGGCGGUGGAUGUGGACGCCAUCACGCGUCCCCUGAAGCAGGAGAUGGAACGCCGCGAAAAGCAAUAGGAGCAGCGGCGCGAAAAAGACAGCCAUCUCCUGCAGCAGCGUAUCGACGGGCUGAACAACACCAACGCGGCGGAACGCGCUCGCAUGCAGCAAGAUUUCCUGGACCAGCAGAAACAAGCGGACCAGAAACGACGCGUCGAACAGGAGCGCUACGAAGCUCAACUGCUGCAGCUGCGACAGGCGAUGGAAGCCAGUCAGGCGGAGCUGCAGAAGGUCACCGAGCAACUGCAACGCCCCACCAAGGACCGGGAGGAGAAGAUCGCCUUUGUCAAUGGUCUAAAAUUACCGAUCCGUCAGACGGAUUCUCUGCUGCUUGUGGGACCGAAGGGAGCCGGGAAAAGCACCUUCUUGUGGCUGUUGAACCGAGGACCCAAGCCGGAAGCUUCACGCUCCGACGGGACAAAGAAAAUCCAGCAUGUCGACGGGUUCGUGGAUUCCAUCGGGCUGAACGGAUGGGCACAGGAGGAACUGCUGAAACUGCUGGUCUUGAUGAUCCACGACAGGAUUCCCAAAGACCUCAUCAUCUUCAACAACGACCGCAUCUAUCAUCCCAACAUGUCGCUGGGUAUGUUGGGUGUCAAUAAUCCCAUGAUCGUCAUGAUGUCCGGUGAUUUUUGGGGGAAUUUCGAACCGGAAGAAGCUGAUGACCAGAUCAUUCACCUGGUGGAGGACUCCAAAGGGGUUCGACGUGUGGAACCAGAAAAGCACUUGAAGCGCGUGUACAACAUGAAAGUGUACGACGACAUCAAGAAACACCAACUGGGCGUCACGCCCGUCACGCACCACGACGACCUGGAGCUGCUGGUGCAGCAGCGGGAAAAAGCCGGGAUCGAGCCGUUCCGCUUUCUGAUGAAAGAGCUGGGUGAUGAAUUCCAUGUGGAGAUGGAUAACUCGCACACCAUGGAGGCGCUCUUCCGCUUCAUCUAUAUCUACGAGAAGAUUUACAAAAGAGAUCCCCUCAUGUUUAUGAACCACGCCAAGCUGCAAGACUUCAAAUGAAGAUACGGGUGAGUCAUGGCUUUGUGGUGGGUGCGUGAAUGGUGGAUUGCUCUAGUUUUUUCUGUCUCGCAUAUUCCACCAUAUGUCUGCAGUUUUCAGCAUCAUGCAGCAUCCUUAUUCUGUGCUGAAUUUAUGUUUAUAAUAAAAUAUCGAAUGCUUCUGUUGUUUUGAAAAUGUGCCCAGAUUUUGUACGCCAUCGUUAAUCGAGAAUAUAACGGGGUUCCUGUAAUCGAGGCCAUGGUGGAGCGGAGGAAUUA